CCGACUUUAUAGCAGGCCAUUUACACGUAUCCCCAUCUCUCAUUUGUCAUAUUUUCUCUUCCCAUCCUUCUCUCUCUCUCAUCCAUCCAGCUUCUUUCUUGUAUUCCUCAAACAUGGCUUCUCUUCUACUUCUGGCACUCGCUCUUGUGGCCUUCACCCCCCUUUCCAGUGGGAACUGGUGCGUCUGCAAGGACGGAAGCGACCAAGUGUUGCAGAAGACGCUGGACUAUGCUUGUGGAGCAGGAGCUGACUGUAACCCCAUCCGUCCGAGCGGACCUUGCUUCCAACCUAACACCGUGAGGGCUCACUGCAACUACGCCGUUAACAGCUACUUCCAACGCAAGUCUCAGUCCUCCGGCGCCUGUGACUUCGCCGGCACCGCCACUCUCACCGCCUCUAACCCCGGUACAUCUGGCUGUGUCUACCCUUCAAGCUCCACCAAUGCAGGUAGUGGGUCCCCAACGGCAGCCACGCCUUCCACCGGGAGUUCAUCUUCAACAGCCACCAGCAGUGGGAUGCCAUCGUCUUCGACCACCUCGACGGCCACUCCGUAUGGUACGGCGCCGGGAGUAUUUGGAGGCAUCGGCAGCGGCAGCCUAGGGCCGUCGGGAGCAGGCAUGAACUCCGAUGAUAGCCACAGCGGGCUUAGACUCGUGGAGACGUGUAUCUACUCUUGCAUCUCAGCCGUGCUGUUCUCAUGCAUCUUCAUGAUUCAGUUCUGUUGGGGUUGAACUUGAAAGGCAUUCUAUGCUAGCUGUGCAGAAUGAGUAUUCAUGAGAGUCUGUUAAUUAACUAAGACGUGAUCAUAUUCAUAUCUCUGCUUCUUCUUCUUCUUCUUUUUCACUUUAUUUCUUUUGGUCUUUUCGGGACACAGUCCCUACUCCUGCCACCUACCGGAGCACUGUAUGAUGGGCUAAUAGUUAAUAGCAUAGAGAAGUAUGGUGUGGCUACUACAUAAUGCUCCUUCUUGAGACUCUGUUUUUGCAUCAUCUAUGUUAUAUAAUAUGUUUGUACAUCUGGAUUCUGAGGUCA